GUUCGUGCCAGUCCACGGUGGCAGUUUAUCUCUUAAAAACCCUGUAUACAUAAUACAUUUUUUUACAAUCAUCGGAUAUAUUUAUAAAUAUCAGACAAUCAUCCAAAAUGUCAACCUCGGCGAUAUACAUUUUGGAUGUAAAAGGCAAAGUCCUGAUAUCCCGAAAUUACCGCGGCGAUAUCGAGACUAGCGUAAUUGAAAAAUUUAUGCCACUGGUCAUGGAACGCGAAGAGGAGGGAAAUCUAACACCUUUACUACAAACAGCCGAGUGUACCUUCGCGUACAUUAAAUACAACAACUUAUAUAUCGUGUCCUCAACUAAAAAGAAUGCGAACAUUUCCUUAGUGUUUGUAUUUUUACACAAAGUCGUACAAGUAAUGCAGGAAUAUUUCAAAGAGCUCGAGGAAGAAAGUAUACGGGAUAACUUUGUUGUUAUUUAUGAAUUACUGGACGAAUUGCUUGAUUUUGGUUACCCGCAGACUACUGACAGUAAAAUACUGCAAGAAUAUAUCACACAGGAAGGACACAAGCUCGAGAUCCAGCCUCGAAUUCCCAUGGCUGUUACGAACGCGGUGUCAUGGCGGUCAGAAGGUAUCAAGUAUCGGAAAAAUGAAGUAUUCCUUGAUGUUAUCGAGUCAGUUAAUUUGCUAGCGAACGCUAAUGGAAACGUACUGAGUUCUGAAAUAGUCGGCGCUAUUAAAAUGAGAGUCUACUUAUCAGGAAUGCCCGAGUUGCGUCUGGGUUUGAAUGACAAAGUAUUAUUUGAAUCAACCGGUCGCGGGAAAUCAAAAAGUGUCGAAUUAGAAGACGUCAAAUUUCAUCAGUGCGUCAGAUUAUCACGUUUUGAAAACGACCGGACGAUUUCAUUCAUUCCUCCGGAUGGAGAAUUCGAACUGAUGUCCUACCGUUUGAACACUCAUGUAAAACCACUCAUAUGGAUCGAGUCGGUUAUUGAAAGACAUGCUCACAGUCGGGUUGAAUAUAUGAUUAAAGCUCGAUCUCAAUUCAAACGCAGGUCAACUGCUAAUAAUGUCGAAAUAGUUAUCCCGGUGCCCAAUGACGCUGAUUCACCGAAAUUUAAAACAACUAUUGGUAGCGUUAAAUAUUCACCGGAACAAAACGCUAUUACAUGGUCUAUUAAAUCAUUUCCGGGUGGUAAAGAAUAUUUAAUGAGAGCACAUUUCGGUCUACCGUCGGUUGUUGGUGAAGAUGUUGAGGGAAAACCGCCGAUUCAAGUUAAAUUUGAAAUUCCGUAUUUUACAACAUCUGGUAUACAAGUGCGUUACUUGAAAAUAAUUGAAAAAAGCGGCUACCAGGCUCUACCCUGGGUGAGAUACAUUACGCAAAAUGGGGAUUAUCAACUGAGAACUAAUUGAUUUCAUUUAUUAAUCACUAUUUUUAUUUACGCGUAAUUAUUGAUAAGACUAGAACUCAAAAAAAAUUUCUUGGUAAUAAAAAAAAAGUUCUGAUACCAAAAAAAAAAAAAGAUACUGGAAGUAGCAGACGUCUAAUAAUUUUUGGAUUUUUUUUAAAUGGUAAAUUACAAAAAAAAAAUAUUUUGAAAAAUUGCACAUGUAGUUUUUUAAAUUUCCUACAAGUGUAUUUUUUUAGUUUGACUAUUUUUUGAAAAAUUUGUUAAAAAAAAAAAUCCGAAAAUUGUUAAUUGUCUAUUGACUCAUAAUACUAAAGUUAGCUAACGUCUUAUAACUUUUGGAUUUUUUUUUCUCAAAGAUAAAUUAAAAAAAAAAUAUUUUGAAAAAUUGCACAUAU